CUGCCGGAAGUGACGAAAGAAAGUAAACAGAAGACCUGCAGGUGGAAAUCAGGAAAUCAAGAUAAUUGCUACUAAAGGGAUCGAUUUAAAAAAGACAUUGUGCUUUGUAUGCAGACUAAGUGGGAUCUGUAUUCGAAACGGGUGCAAAGCACAACGAAGGUUCACAGGGACCGGAUCCAAACGGUCCUCUAAUGUUCACAGACAUGGAUUAUGAGUUGGAGGAGGACAAACUGGGGAUACCAACGGUACCUGGCACUGUGUGUUUAAAGAAAGAUGCUAAUAACCUCAUUGGGAUCAGCAUUGGUGGUGGGGCACAGUACUGCCCUUGUCUUUACAUUGUCCAGGUCUUUGAUAACACCCCAGCAGCGUUGGAUGGGACACUGGCAGCAGGUGAUGAAAUCACAGGCGUGAAUGGGAAACCAGUGAAGGGAAAGACCAAAGUGGAGGUGGCAAAGAUGAUUCAAGCUGUGCUGGUACACAAGGGAGAAGCAGUUAUCCACUACAACAAACUGCAGGCAGACCCCAAACAGGGGAAGUCUCUGGAUAUAGUCCUGAAAAAAGUAAAACAUCGCCUGGUAGAGAACAUGAGCUCAGGCACAGCAGAUGCUCUUGGACUCAGUAGAGCUAUUCUAUGCAACGAUGGACUGGUCAAAAGACUGGAGGAGCUGGAGAAAACAGCAGAGCUCUACAAAGGGCUGAUGGAGCACACAAAGAGACUGCUCAGAGCUUUCUUUGAGCUUUCUCAAACUCACAGAGCGUUUGGCGAUGUCUUUUCUGUCAUCGGGGUGAGAGAGCCUCAGGCUGCAGCCAGCGAAGCUUUUGUGAAGUUUGCUGAUGCUCACCGCAACAUUGAGAAAUACGGUAUUAAGCUCCUAAAGACAAUCAAACCUAUGCUCCACGAUCUGAACACGUACCUUCACAAAGCCAUACCCGACACGAAGCUAACCAUCCGCAAGUACCUGGAUGUGAAGUUUGAAUAUCUGUCGUACUGCCUGAAGGUGAAGGAAAUGGAUGAUGAAGAAUACAGCAGCAUUGCCAUGGGAGAGCCGCUGUAUCGUGUCAGCACUGGUAACUAUGAAUACCGCUUGGUGCUGCGGUGUCGGCAGGAGGCUCGCGCCCGCUUCGCCAAAAUGAGGAAGGACGUUCUGGAGAAGAUAGAGCUGCUGGAUCAGAAACACGUCCAGGACAUUGUGUUCCAGCUGCAGCGCUUCGUCUCAGGCAUGUCACAUUACUAUGACGAGUGCUACGCCGUCCUGAAGGAGGCGGAUGUCUUCCCCAUUGAAGUGGACCUCUCCCGCACCAUGUUCAACUACGGCAGCCAGCCAUUCUCCUACACCGGAGAUGAGGAGGAGGAGGAGGAGGAGGAGGAGGGAGGAGGUGGAGAGGAAGGAAGGAGCAGCACAGAGAGACAAGCUGAAAAUGGGGCUGAAAAAUUGAUUGAUGACGAAUGACAGUGAGUGAGUGAGUUAGCGAGUGUGUGUUUGUGUGCUUGUUUGUGUGUGUGAUGAAGUCCACUCCUCCAACAUAACUGUUUUUCACUUGCAUUUAAUGUCAAUGCACUCACCAUACAGCAAUCUUUGCAGUGGAUUGUAGUGGUUUAAAUGGUGAAAACUACAAAAAAAAUGCAGCUAUAAUGCUGUAUGGUAGUCUUUUGGCUGUGUGUCCCUCUUGGGAUAAUCUCAAAUCAACAGCUUUCUGAUUAUUUUACCAUAGCAACUUCUGACUGUCAACUUUCUCUUAAAAAAAAAAAAAA